AUGACUGUAGUGCAAAACGAGAACAACGAGUUGAUCUCAACAAGAACAGUCAUGGGAUGGCAAAUUUGCAUGGACUACAGAAGGUUGAAUAAGGCCACCCGAAAAGACCACUUUCCCUUGUCGUUCAUUGAUAAGAUGUUAGAUAGAUUGGCUGAGAGGUCCCACUACUGCUUUCUGGAUGGAUACUCGGGGUAUAAUCAGAUCUCUAUUGCCCCGAAAGAUAGAGAGAAAAUGUCAUUCACCUUUCCAUAUAACGUCUAUGCUUUCCGGAGAAUGUCGUUCGGCCUAUGCAAUACACCUGCCACAUUUCAAAGGUGCAUGAUGGCCAUCUUCACAGAUAUGGUAGAAGACAUAAUUGAGGUCUUCAUGGAUGAUUUCUUAGUGGUGGGAGACUCAUUCGAUGAUUGCCUAAAGAAUCUGAAAAGAGUGCUAAAAAGAUUUGAAGAAGAAACUGCACCAAUCAUAGUGGCCCCCGAUUGGGGGCUACCUUUCGAGCUGAUAUACGAUGCAAGCGACUAUGCUGUAGGAGCAGUUCUUGGGCAGCAAAAAGAUAAAGUCAUGCAUCCGAUCUACUAUGCAAGUAGAACCUUGAGCGGCGCCCAACUGAACUACACAGUGACAGAGAAAGAGAUGCUAGCUGCGGUGUUCGCAUUUGAUAAAUUCAGGUCAUACCUGAUUGGCUCAAAAGAAAUUGUUUACACUGACCAUGCUGCCCUCAGGUACCUAAUAGAGAAAAAGGAGUCAAAGCCGCGCCUAAUUCGAUGGGUGCUACUGCUACAAGAGUUCGACUUGGAAAUUCGGGACCGAAAGGGAACAAAAAACCAAGUUGCUAAUAAUUUGUCUAGGCUGGAAGGAGCGGAAAAGAAGGUUGAGGUGGAGGAGAUCAUGGAGACUUUCCCAGAUGAACAACUUUUAGCAACGAGCCUCGAGGCUACACCAUGGUAUGCAGAUAUUACAAAUUACCUAGAAAGCGGUAUUGUUCCUUAUGACUUGUCUUCUGUACAAAAGAAAAAGUUUUUUCGUGAUUGUUGCAUGUAUUUCUGGGAUGAACCAUAUUUGUUUAGGAUUUGUCUUGAUAACAUGAUCUGGAGAUGCAUUCCCGAGAUAGAUCAAUCUUUUGUUUUGCUGGCAUGUCAUGCUUCACUGUUGGAGGACAUUUUGGAGGUGUAA